AACCACAUGACUCUGUCUCUCCAGUAAUAGUGCUUGCAAAAAAAAGGAGUUUUAAAGCUUUUGCUUUUUUGGAUUGUGUGAAUGCUUCAUUCGCCUCACAAACAACCACAGAACCACAAGUGCGGUGCAAACUUUCUCCAGGAGGACAGCAAGAAGUCUCUGGUUUUUAAAUGGUUAAUCUCCGCAGGUCACUACCAGCCACCGAGACCAACAGAGUCAUUUAAGGCUGCAAGCAGAAUUUACAACAGAGGGUACAAGUUCUAUCUGAAAAAAAAAGGAGGGACUAUGGCAUCAAACAGCCUCUUCAGCACAGUGACACCAUGUCAGCAAAACUUCUUUUGGGAUCCGAGCACCAGCCGGCGCUUCAGCCCCCCCUCCAGCAGCCUGCAGCCCGGCAAGAUGAGCGACGUGAGCCCGGUGGUGGCUGCGCAACAGCAGCAGCAGCAGCAGCAGCAGCAACAGCAGCAGCAGCAGCAGCAACAGCAGCAGGAGGCGGCGGCGGCGGCAGCGGCGGCGGCGGCGGCGGCGGCAGCGGCGGCCGCUGUGCCCCGGUUGCGGCCGCCGCACGACAACCGCACCAUGGUGGAGAUCAUCGCUGACCACCCGGCCGAACUCGUCCGCACCGACAGCCCCAACUUCCUGUGCUCCGUGCUGCCCUCGCACUGGCGCUGCAACAAGACCCUGCCCGUGGCCUUCAAGGUGGUAGCCCUCGGAGAGGUACCAGAUGGGACUGUGGUUACUGUCAUGGCGGGUAACGAUGAAAAUUAUUCUGCUGAGCUCCGAAAUGCCUCUGCUGUUAUGAAAAACCAAGUAGCAAGGUUCAACGAUCUGAGAUUUGUGGGCCGGAGUGGACGAGGCAAGAGUUUCACCUUGACCAUAACUGUCUUCACAAAUCCUCCCCAAGUAGCCACCUAUCACCGAGCUAUUAAAGUCACAGUGGAUGGACCCCGGGAACCCAGAAGGCACAGACAGAAGCUUGAUGACUCUAAACCUAGUUUGUUCUCUGACCGCCUCAGUGAUUUAGGGCGCAUUCCUCAUCCCAGUAUGAGAGUAGGUGUCCCGCCUCAGAACCCACGGCCCUCCCUGAACUCUGCACCAAGUCCUUUUAAUCCACAAGGACAGAGUCAGAUUACAGACCCCAGGCAGGCACAGUCUUCUCCGCCGUGGUCCUAUGACCAGUCUUACCCCUCCUACCUGAGCCAGAUGACACCCCCGUCCAUCCACUCUACCACCCCGCUGUCCUCCACCCGCGGCACCGGGCUCCCUGCCAUCACCGACGUGCCCAGGCGCAUCUCAGAUGAUGACACUGCCACCUCUGACUUCUGCCUCUGGCCUUCCACUCUCAGUAAGAAGAGCCAGGCAGGUGCUUCAGAACUGGGCCCUUUUUCAGACCCCAGGCAGUUCCCAAGCAUUUCAUCCCUCACUGAGAGCCGCUUCUCCAAUCCACGAAUGCACUAUCCAGCCACCUUUACUUACACCCCGCCAGUCACCUCAGGCAUGUCCCUCGGUAUGUCCGCCACCACCCACUACCACACCUACCUGCCACCACCCUACCCCGGCUCUUCCCAAAGCCAGAGCGGACCCUUCCAGACCAGCAGCACACCAUAUCUCUACUAUGGCACUUCGUCAGGAUCCUAUCAGUUCCCCAUGGUGCCCGGGGGAGACCGGUCUCCUUCCAGAAUGCUACCGCCAUGCACCACCACCUCGAAUGGCAGCACGCUAUUAAACCCCAAUUUGCCUAACCAGAAUGAUGGCGUUGACGCUGACGGAAGCCACAGCAGUUCCCCAACCGUUCUGAAUUCUAGUGGCAGAAUGGAUGAAUCUGUUUGGCGACCCUAUUGAAAUUUCCUCAGCAGUGGCCCAGCGGUCUCUGGGAGCCACGUCCCAAACGUGUCGACAUAUACAUAUAUAGAGAGAGUGCUUAUAUAUGUAUAUCAACUAGCUAUCUACAAAGUGCCUAUUUUUUAGAAGUUUUUUUGUUUUGUUUUGUUUUGUUUUUUUGCAUUCACUCACUCUGUCACCAUCUUGUGACCCUCAGAGGGUAGAUAUUGAGAAGCAAAAGGCCCAAGAGAGACAAUCCUAAUCAGGCUUCAGAUCGUUUUCUCUCUAAAAUGUACUUUUACGAACAAACCAAGGAGAGAGGUGUUUUCGCUGCCGUUGUCGCUUGUUCGGUCUGUUAUCCUAAGUAACCUGUCGGUGCGCCAGUUCAGAGUGGUGGACUCCAGGUCCAGGAGGAAGAGGAGCCCAGCGCUCCCUCCUUGUGCUCUGAAACCACCCGCGCUCAUGGCGGCCGGUGGCCGCGGUGCGUGGACACGUGCCCUCCGCAGACCCGCUUCCAAAGCCAGCCGAGGUGCACGUGAAGGGAAGAGGGGCAGGACGGGGGCUCCCACGCCCCUGCCAUCCCUCCGCAGCAGCUGUUCCAAACUUCCCCUUCCCCCUUCUCUGCAAGUAUUCAUUUGAACUGUUUGGUUCAGUUGGUUUUUAAUUUUUCCCCCCCUCCUUUAAGAAAGUGACUUCAAAAAUACUGACCAGGAUAGAUUAUUUUAUUUUACUUUUUUAUACUUUUUCCCCCCUCUUCCCAUUUAACCAAAAAAGAAAUCCCAUCCCAAAACCACACCCCAACACCCCAACUCUGCCCCUGCUUCUUUUAUGCAAAACUGAAAAUGGCAAUGCCUUAUUAUAGCCAUAAUGGUAUAGAUAGUGUUUGUGUUUGGCUGUGUGUUAUUUGUCUUCUUUUUUUUUUAAAUUAUGAAUAUGUGUAAAAUCUGAGGUAACUUGCUAACGUGAAUAGUCAUAUAACUUUAAAGAUAUAUUUAUAAUUAUUUAAUGACAUUUGGACCCUUGAAACAUUUCUUAGUGUAUUGAGAUGUUGACUUCGGUCUCUAAAAGUGCUCUUUAUUAAAUAACAAAUUUCUUCAGUGGGCUAGAGCCAUAUCUGAAAUAUUGCUAAGCAAUUUCAGUUCAUCCAGGCACAAUGUGAUGUUUUAAAAAUACUUCCAUCUCCAAAUAUUUUAGAUGUAGCUUGUUUUUGUGAUGUAUGAAGGAAAUGUUUUGUUCUUAGUUCUUUCAGAUCUUUCAUUGCCUCUAACACAGCUUUGCCUUUUAAAAAGCAAUAAUUCGAGAUUAAAAAAAAAAAAAACUCUCAGUCCUUUAUCACUUACGUUGCCCUUCAUCAGCAUGAAAUGCUGGAGCGAUGUGGUUUCCUAAUUUCUUUGAAAUAAUGAUGACUCUUGUCGUGUUAAGACAGACAAGCACAAGAGAAUCACUGAACUGCAGAAAAAUGUUCUGUGGUUUCAUAGUUAAAGCAAAACUCUCAAUUGCCAGGCCUCACAGUGAAGACACGAUCAGCUUAAAGCCACACGUGUGGCCCAAGGAUCCCUCGUGAUACACGCAGUACAGGAAAGCAAAACUGCCCCCACCCGCCUUACCAGUUAAGACAGGGGAACCCAAAUCUGCCUUUGCCUAGGCCCCACUGGCGGCUCUCCACCGAAUUUGCAUUUCAAGGAGCAGAAUUAAGUCACUGCCUCCCAGGAGCGGGGUCAGCAGCAGGCAGCUGAUCUAAGAGCACACAGGCGGUGGAAACCAGGUCCAGCUUCUGACAUUCGCAUUUCUCACGAUGGAGGGCGAAGGGCAGGCCCGGCCGGUGGAGUCUGGCGUCGACUACUGUGUGUGAAGCCCUCCUGUCGGAUGCACUUUGACCACUCCUGGCGGCCACGUGGCACAUCCUCAGGCCCAGCCAGGACCACUCCACGACACCACCGGGCAAAUCCUCACCCUCCUCCCCCGCAGGCCAGGGCCCCGGCAUUUGAAUUCUAUGUCCCACCCUAAGCAGAACCUUCUAGGGAUUUGCUUCCAGCCCCCAGAGGUCCCUGGCUCCCCGGUCAUCCUCCAGGCCACUUCAUAGGCCGCCAAGCAUCUCCGGCCGGCUUUGCGGGACGUUGGACCUGUCCUCGCCUGGGAAAGCACCCUGACUCCUCCUAAUAAAAAUCGAGGGGAAAACCAAAGCAAACCAAAACACUUUGCCUUCUAAAGGUUGUAUACCAAGUAUGCUUCGAUAAAUAAGCCACUUUUUUAUUAAGAUGGAAGUAGUAAUUGAUACUAUUUAUUGUUUGUGUGUGGUAGCUUGAAGCACGCCACUGCCCAUUUGUUUGUAAGUGUAAAAUAUGUGUGUUUCUUUCAGCAGCACUUAAAAAAGCCAGUGUCUGGUUACACAUUUCAAUCUUAAUUAAUUGACAUAAAAAUGUUACCGCCAGUGCCAGCUGUACCCUAUUUAAUUAAAAAAAGGUACUAUAUCUGUACUUUAUUUUUAAUGUUAAAAGGGCUUUUUUAAGUUUACAGGACACAUACAAAGUGACUUAAGGGAUGCUUUCGUGUUGAAAUGUUAUUAUAGUGGCUGCAGGCAGCAACCCAGAAACACUUUAAAAGUUUUUUUUUUUCCUUGGGAAAAAUUCAAGCACUUCUUCCUUCUGCCCUCACUCCAACCACUCCAAUGGGGUAAUUUACAUUUCUUAGAUCAAAUUCUGCCCUUUUUCAGCCUGGGGGUUAAUUUUUUUCUUUUAUCUUAUUUUUUUUUUUUUUUAAACCGAACCUUUAAUUUGCACUGGGUCACAAUGUAUGAUUUGUGAUUUCAAGACCAAAGCAAAGCCUUACUGCUACUCUGGAACUAGCCAACACUCCACUUCCUUCAGGUUCAAAUGGCAUGGUUCUUGGUGUAGCACAAAUGUCGCUGGAGUUUACAGCAUGACCAGUACAGCCACUCUUCCCACCUGGCUUUAGCCUCUGUCAGAGUUCUGGAACCGGUACCACAGCUUUGGGUUUUUUUGUUUUUUUUUUUUCCUGAAAUGACGUCCAGCCUGGAACUGGGAGACUCAGCAGAUCAGCUGUGGUUUGCUCUUCAGACCAGUUCUCCCCACCAGGGCCUUUUAAAAGUGAGCAGAGAAAUCCACACUGUCAGGGACCAUCCAGUGCAAAUUCCGAGGGGAGGAGACAUGUGCGUGUGUGUUGGCUUAUGGAGUUCCCUGCAUUCCCAGGAAAGGGACUGACUCAGAGUCUAGGUUAAUACAUGGAAACACAGAGCAUGAGCGAAACCAAUCAUUCUGUCUGUGAAUUCGAAAGAACAAUCAUAAAUAAAAUCAAUAAAAGACGACACUUCCAAACUUUGAAUUUGUUAUUCUUAAAAAGAUAACGCGUUUAAAAAAAUACUUUCUCUGUGAGGAUUUUUUUUUAGAUGUUUGUUUACUUCAUGUUUACAAAUAACUGUUUGCUUUUUCAUGCAGUACUUUGAAAUAUAUCAGCCAAAACCAUAACUUACAGUAAUUUCUUAGGUAUUCUGAAUAAAAUUCCAAUUUUUUUGGAUAUGCUUUACCAUUCUUAGAUUUCUGUGGAACAAAAAUAUUUGUAGCAUUGUGUGUAAAUACAAGCUUUUCAUUUUUAUUUUUAUUUUUCCAUUUGCUGUUGCCCAAGAUUUGCUUCCCAUGCACAUAUUGUACAAAUUCUGCUUUGUGCCACAGGUCAUGAUUGUGGAUGAGUUUACUCGUAACUUCAAAGGGACUAUUUGUAUUGUAUGUUGCAACUGUAAAUUGAAUUAUUUGGCAUUUUUUUCUCAUGAUUGUAAUAUUAAUUUGAAGUUUGACUUUAAUUUUCAAUAAAAUGGCUUUUUUUUU